AAUUGGGUGGGAAAAAUGUCUCGUGGUGCUGUGAGAGUCUCGAAGGUGAAUUGUGUGCAACUUUUAGUGGUACAAGAGCCAGCCUCGCAAACGGACGUCUGUUUUGAUCGCGAAUUUCACUUCGAGAUCGUGUUUGUCUCAUAAAAUUUGCUAAUUUAUUAAUUCAUCAAAAAUAUGAUGUUAUUUAUGAUUCGGUAAACCUAUUGUGCUUCACUCUCUUUUCUCUCUCAACUGAGAGCACUUCCCAAAAAAAACCGCAUCACAUUGCGCUUUCCGGAAACUGCAAUAAAUAAUAUUUUGUUGUUUCGUCAAAGUAAAAAAAGCCGUUGAAGAACAACACAAGGCAUAAUGAGAGAUGUUUUCUAUGCAAAUCUCUGUGUGAAAUUAAUUUAGUGUCAUUGAAAAGAAAAAAAAUAAAUAAAAGCGAGAAGAAAAGACGUUCAUUGAGCCUCUUAUUGUCUCAGGGAAGAAAAAAUUGGCUUAUUAGAGGAAAAUUUCUUACUGCAAUCAUGGAAAAGUGGAUAUUUCUUGGAUUUUUUGUGGUCUCUUUGACGAUAUGUGAAGCUUCCUGGGGUACUCCAGGCAGUGGUCAGUAUCACAUUCAGACAGACGAGGGUCCUGAGCGAUUUUUUCGCUAUCAGACCGACAAUGGCCAGUACCGCAAAGAGAAACGCCUUCAAGACGGCACAGUAGUUGGAACGGACGCAUGGAUUGACUCUCUUGGGUACUUGAGACAGAAAGACUACAUCGCAGAUAAUCAGGGGUACAGGAUCUUGAAAUCAGCAACAGUCUAUGUUGGGCGUGAUAGUUCAAUUCAUGAUGCUCUUAAGAUCGCUAAGAAGGCACCAGGAGUAGAGGGGAAGAAGACUUAUACGGAAAUAUAUACUACUACUCCAACAACUACGCUUUCACCUCCGAUUCAGUCGAAUGUUAUCGGACAUGACUACCCUCAACCCGAUACGGUCUUUAUAAGACCCCAUGGAGAUCCUAUUGACUAUUUGCCACCUGUUAAGGAAGUUCAUCGACCCCAUCCAACGCCUUCACAUGACUACCUUCCAGCCACAACGUCCAAACCCGUCUAUGGAACCCCAACGACUACCUUGGCUCCUCCAUUAACGGACAACGAAAUUUCAACUACACCAAUUGCUGUAUAUCCUUCAACGGUAAGAACGCGACCAACUUACGUACCCCCGAUUGCUGCGUACCCCUCGACCACGCCUAGACCGGACUUUUCAUCGAGCCUAUCUCCAAUUGGAGUGUUCUAUUCAAGUACACCGCCUCCCCUUUUACCCCCAUCGAAUGAUCUCAAUCCACCAGAUUUGGACUUUAGGCCCUACAUCCCACCAAUUGACUCCUCAACGGCCAGGCCUGAUUUCAUUGGAACAACUUUCAAGAGUGUCUCUCCGCUUCCCGGAAAUAGUGUUCAGCCUAUCUUCGACAGAGGGUCGGUUCGAAAAUAUGUCGGACCACUAUCAUACCAGUACUACCAUCCAAAUAUCAAACAAAAUCAAUACGACAGGAGACCCAAUCUAAUUGGGAAUGGAUACGAUGCCCAGUAUCCUCAGUAUGAUGGGGUAACUCUGAAAACGGGUGAAGGAUUCCGAUACUACCUACCUCGGCAGUAUCAUGAAGAGACAAAUUCUGGGGGUGAUACGAGAACCGGGAGCUUUGGAUACAUAGAUCCGUUCGGUAUCCGAAGAGUGAUCUACUACAAUACAGCUCCUGGUCGAGGGUUCGUACAUCGUAAAAACAACCGAUACGUUGGCUUCAAUGCCACACCAUACGAUCCACGACCGAUCACGUAAUUUUACGAACUACUAAAAAUAUAAUUUAAAAAAUAAUCAUGUGCCUCAAGAAAAUGUGGUGUGAUAACGAUUUUGUAGUGUGUUAGGAGUAGGAUGUUUAAAGGACACUAAAGACUUGAAGUUAGAAUAGGCUGAGUGGCCUAUACAGUGUAAGAUUUAAUCUCUGGAAGUGUAAAAUGACUCACAAAACUAAUAAGUGCAAUGAGUAAUUGAAGGUGUCCAGUUAAACUGCCAUAAACCUCCAAACUGGCCAAAUUUGCAACAACAAGAGGAUCUCCAAGUAGAAGAUCAUGCUCAAGAAGAAUUAUUCUCCCCUACAAAGUCUUGUAGAAUUCUUUAAGUAAAAUAUUAUGGAACCAUGUUAAGUAGUGCACUGUAAAGGGAUUCUGGAACUUCUUCUAUAAGCAUUUUUAAAAACAAAAAUUACACUAUAAACCUCUUAAAAGUUAACUACAAGAACAUAAAAUAUUUUGGUUCUAUAAAAAAGCCAUUUUUCUUCUUGGGUGAUCAAUUGCGUGGGUGAAACAAAUCAUCCAUUGAAGAUUGAUCUUUUUGCCAUCAUUUUGAGUGGUUGACAGAUAGCCUCGGGACAAAAUUGACUUCCACUCUGGAGGCUCACCUUGAUUUUUGGCUCUCUCAAUUAACCAGUAAUUCUCUAGAAGUGCUCCAGAAGCCCAUGCCAUCGAAAGUCCAUUAAUUUGUGAACAUUGUAUUUGUGGGCGAAUUAUGCAAUUGAGACACGUCAUGUUUCUUUUUUUUCUUUCAAGUCUCUAUUGAGGAGGAAUUGUGUGAAAAAUAGUUUGAAAUAUGACACAAUAAACAAUAGUUGUUGAUCCGUUGAGAUGUGGAUUUUUCCACAUUGUCGAGUGGAAAAAAAAGUAACAAGAAAUUUUCUUAUGUUCUUUUCAUAAUUGUUGAAUUGCUUUUACAAAUCGUAAAAACGCAGCAAAAUUUGAAUACAUUUUAUUAUUGCAAAAAAAAGAAAGAUAAGAUUUUAUUUCUUUGGUUUGGUGGAUGAAUAAAUGUAUUACAAGGCUUAGGAUGGGAAUUUUGUUUAAUUAAAUUUGCAUUAUAAAUUAUUUAAAUGAAAAUAUGUUGAGUUAAAGAAAUCCCUAUCUUUAACAUUUAAAUGCACAUCAUAAAAGGGUUAUAAAAAAUUUUCACGUUAGAGCUUGGAUUCUUGGAUAUUUCGGUUGAAUGGAAUACAAAGAUUUCACGUUAAGAUGUAAAAAAAUGCAGGAAAUUAUCGAAAAAUAAUAAUAUUAUAAAGAUAAUAUUAUUUCUAAUCAAUAUUAUAAAUAAGAUUACCAUUUUCAUUCUUUUUUUUGCCAGACAAACAAAAUGUGACGAACAAAUGACAAAAUUUUACAAAGAUUUGUAUGUUUACGUAAAUUUACGAACAAACGUUUGUAAAAGUACAAGAAACGCUCGAUAAAUGAUAAUCUUACGGAUAACGUUUGCGAAAAAAGUACAAACUUUUACGAACAUGUUUGUCAGUUAAUCGAUUUACGAACAUUUCGUAAGUCCCCAAUGGGAAUUCACAAGAGUGUACGAAUAAAUGUUUGUAAAAAAAAAACAAAAAAUGCUCGUUAAGUGCUCAUGUUAUGAACAAAAUUCGUAAACAAAAUACAAACUUUUACGAACUUUUUUAUGGAUUAUACGAAUUACGAGCAUUUUGCAAGUCUCCAGUAGAAAUCCACAAAUAUAUACACUGAGAAAAAAAGGGGGUGCGAUUAACUUUGUUUCCUCGUAACUUUAACACUUUUUAGGUGUAAAAAUAUAUCAACAUUUUUUAAUGUUAAUUUUACACCUUUUUAAGGGUAAAAUUAACAUGAAAAAGGGUAACUUUAACCCACAAUACACCUAAAAAGCAAUUAUAUUUACACGGAUUUUGGUUCAAUAAUGCAAGGUAAAAUUAACAUUUCCGGAAUGUUAUUUUAACUUUUUCGGAUUUCUCUCACUCAGUGAGGAAAAAUUUUACAAAAUAGUUUUUUUAUGUAUAAAAAUGUGAGAAAAGUUUUGUCAAGUAGGUAAAUAUCAUCCUUUUGGCAAAAUUUCAACAAGAAACCAUUUGUUCGCUUAACUAAACUUUAUUUUUAGAGUAGAUGAUCGUCUUUUUCGAGGUUAGUUCAUGCAUAACCUCAAAUUCUUGGCAAACAUUUAUGCUCAAUAAGAUAAAGUGAUCCAAUUUCACUAAACGAUAUUUUGCAAUGUUAUAAAAUCCAUGUUCAAGAACUUUUAUAUCUUACCUCUCUUAUUAUUAUGGAAGGGGAAUUGCCAAUAAUGACGAAAACCCCUUAAUAAAAUAAAAUUAAAUAUUAUUAUGGAAUUUUGAGGUUAUGUUGUACGAAAUUCAUAAGAGAAAGAAGUUAAUUUAUGGGUUAUUAUUUUUUACAUUCGCAUAUCAAAAUUAAAAGUGAUGAAAUAAUUAAAGAAUAUCUUAUUUUAUAAAAUUAUUUUGGAAGCUCGGGAAGCUCUUAUCCAAGUUUCCUCUUUGGCUUUUUGGCUAAGAAGUAGCAAAAGAAAUAGUACGACAUAAAAAAUUGAGCUUUACCGAUUAAAGAUCUUUAUCCGAGAACGCGAAUCAGCUUUUAAAAGCCUAAUUAAAAUAAUUUGCUUAAAGAUAUUUUUUUCAAAAUUGCGGGACAUAACCUCAAAACUAUUUCCGGGAUUUCUCAAAAAAAAAAAUUAAUUGCUAAAAAAAUUGGUAAUGAUAAACAAGUCAAACUUCAUUAUUUCGUCUCUUUAUUUGAUAGAAAAAAAAACAUCGGUGUAUUUCUCUGCUGAAAUAUAAUUAAUGUCCUUAUUAUUUUAGGUUAGAUUCAACAUAACCUCACAUUUCAGAGUAAUUAUCAUACAAAAUAUCAUACGGAUUAAGAGAUUAAUACAUAUUAAAACGUUUUAUAUCCAACGAAUUUUUUGGUUAUGUAAAAAUUUUAUAACGCGAAUCCUGAUCUGAUCAAAUCGAAGUUCUCUCUAAAUGUGCAUACGUUCUUAAAAAAGAAGUCACUCACAAUGAGAAAGAAUCACAGUAGAUUAAAGCACAUUUGCUUCAACAAAACCCCCAAAACGUGAACAAAACAUCAACAAAAUUUUUAAAAUAUUUAUCUGUCAUUAUGUCGCCUUGGAUAAAGAGUCCACGGAUAAGCGAAAAUCCAUUGUAAUUUUAUUAAAAGUUUCUGAAGAAAAAUUUGGGAAAUGUAUGAGAAUAUAAAAGUUUUUCGUGUGCUUUGAUUAAGUGAUUACAUGUUUUAUAGGAAGUAAGUUGUUAUAGGGAUUCCGUAACAGCGUGAUAAAGUCAUAUGACAAAUUUAAUUUUUCAAGUGGUAAAUUCGGAAGAAUUUAUCAAAAAUUCCGUCUCAUAUCAACUACUAAAAACUUCAUAGAGGUUCUUGCAAUGGCUAUUCGAUGAUCACUGACUCGCGAACCUACCAUGACAAUUUGUCAUAUGACAUUGUCAUACUGUUGCAGAAUUCCCCUCCUCGUCAGGUUUAAUGAAAUCUCAGUAAUAACAACAAAAAUUAUUGUAAAGCUUCUGAAAGUAUUUUUCCCACCUAAAAUCUUCCUUACUGAGUCUUUUGAAUUAGUACGAAUAUUUAUCGAGCUUCAUUUAAAAAAAAACUUGUUUCUCACUAUCAGUCAGCAAUUUAUGAAAACGUAAUUGUAGGAUUAAUUAAACUAUAGGCCCAAACCACCAAACUCUUUGGUAAAAUGCAGAAAAGAAGCAAUGAUUCAUAAUUCGAUGGCCAUUUGAGUGCGCAAGAGCAUUUUUGGACAAAAGAAAACAAGAGUUGAGAGAAAGAGUAAGAAAAUAAUAGAAACAGGAAACAUGAUGCGUAAUUAGUAAAUCACGUAGAUUAAUAUUAAGAAAAAAAAAGAAGAGAAAAUAACUGAACUACCAGUGACUAAUCUUGCUGUACUAAAAGUAUUUUUGCUGCCAAGAAAAACGACAUUUUUUCUCUGGCAAUAGAUUUUCAUUCCAGAGAAGUGCAAGCAAAAGGAAAAAGUCAUCAUGCAACGAUAAUGGAAAGAAAAUGAUGGUAUUUGUCGAAUGAAUUUCCGUUACAGAGAAAAAUGAUCAUGUUACGAAUAUUAUCUUGUAAUUUAUUCAAUGUAAUUAAUCCCAAAUGUACUGUCUUUUACCCUUCGAAAAAAAUAAAGUGUCUAUGAGGAAGAA